AUGUUUGGUACGCCCAAGGAUCUCUCGACAGCACAAGAAACAGCCAUCAAUGCUUUCCUCGCAAACACAAGUACAAAAGUAGAAGCAACAAAGACAGACAAGGAUCCUUAUUCACCUGCUGCUUUCCCUCGUCCUACAUAUACCGUUCUCGAAACUCCCCUUGCAGACCCCAAGAAGAGUCGCGAUGCCUAUCCCAAACAGGGACCCAAGAUCAACCACCCCCGCCAACCCUCCAACAUCUCGGUCUCAACCGCAUCGUCAAUUCAAUCUCGAGACACUAUGAGCUCAACACAGAGAACCUCUUCUUGGGGAAGCCGAACGAGCAUGGAAACCAACGACUCUGCUUCUAAAUGGCGACCCGAUUACAUGUACCAACGACCAAUGCCUAUCAAGCAACAGUCUGCCUCUUCCACGAGAACCCCCAUGAAGCCAAAUGAGCUUUUCUCAAAACUUCCUGCUCCUGUGCUAUUGGGAAUUAUGGAGCAGUUGAGGAAUCUUCACACCGGAGAGAAGAGUGGAAGCUGUGCAACUUGCUGGAUGAGGGAUGCGACCAAUGUUGCUGUGUCUUGUCGCAAGUGGUACAUGCCUGCUCAGACAGUUCUCUACCAAGAUAUCCAGCUUGUGGGCUCAGACUCAGCCGUCCACAAGAAGAAGUACAAGAUGUCUCAGGGUGUUCGAGUCAUGAUGCUUCGACGCAUCCUCCGUGCUAACCCUCACCUCGCCAACCUCGUUCUCACACUCAAGGUCCCAGCUCACGAAGUCGUCCCCAAGGGCUCUACCCUCGCCGAGUACGAGGAUCUUGUUGCCUCACUCGUCAUGGCCUGUCCCAACCUUGAGAGCCUUUCUGGUCUUUCACCUAUCUAUGACCACUCGUUUAGCAAGAUCUUCCAUGCCCUGGCCACGAGAACAAACCUGAAGGAGAUGAAGUGGCUUGUUCAAGUCUCGCCUCAUCAGAAACAGCAGCGCAUCCAGUCGAAUACCCAGCAACUCGGUCUGGUCAUGCCUGGCGAGCUCAAGCCUUUUCAGGAAGCGACCUUUCUGUCUUUCCACGACAACUGGAGAAAUCUUGAGACCCUCACUAUUCACUGUCUUCCAGGAGCCACUCUCACGCCCGAAACACUCCUUACGAAAACUCUGGAGCGUCUGCCUAAAAUCAAGCACCUUCACCUCUGCAACCUCCCGCCCAACAGCUUUGACGAUUGCACUCUUCUCACUCUCCCUGCUCUUGAGUCCCUCACACUCUCUCACAUCAGCGGUGUAACAACCAAUGGUCUCUCAGCGUUUGCGACGCAAGCUAACAGCUACCCCCUGCGCAAACUGACCCUCCGACACACACCUAUGGACUCUUUGGCUGCUCUCGCUCGCAUCUUGUCUAAGUUACGAAACCUUGUCAACUUCUCUUUCAUCCAGGCCUUCCCGCCCACCAUGCCCGAGAAUGACAGCUUCGCGCUUUGGUUGAUGCCCUAUCUGACCAGCAACUCCAUCCGAAAGCUGCACUGGGACAUCACGAGCCAUGCAUCAUGCGUUAGUGCCGCAGAUGACAUCCUCGCUCGAAGCAUCGGUGCAGGAGGGUUCCCAGCUCUGAGGAUCCUGCGUACCCCCAACGAUCCCGAAGGCGUCUUCCAGGAACUCUGUUACCCUGUUGACAGGGUCGAUCUUCCCUCGGACCGCUAUCGACCUGAGAAGUCCGAGAACUCAACACCACUGCCUAGCGCAUCAGCAAGUCCCAUGUCGCCUACACGCCUAUUUCGAUCCUCCAACGUAUCGCCGAUUGCUCCCCCACGGGAAACCAUCUCACCCUUUGGCGACAUGCGACACAAACCCCACACGAAUCUUCACACUUCACGCCUGGCAGCCCAAACACGUCUUGAAGAAGCCCGAUCCCGACCCAAGUUCACAGUCAAUGUGAUUGACGAAGACGGCACUUUCAACGACACCUUCAGCAUGGCAGGAUUCAUGGGCACGGCUGGAAGCCCCAUCAAGUACCACCUCCACCCCGACCGCGGGACGACGGAUGACAAAGGUGGUCUUAUCGACAUUCGCGACCUCGAAAGCGAUGCAGGCGAGAGCCUAGCUGGUGGAAAGGCAGGAUGCACUGGUCGAUGGAACGCACGCGAGGGAAUCGUGGCAGACAAGAAAGAGAAGGAGAAAUGGUGGCACACCGAGCGAGGCCGCUGGCAAAAGGUGACGCUCUGA